AUGCGCGCCCCUCACAGGUCACGCUCCCGCUCCCCCCCGCCACCUGCCCCGUGCCAGCCCUGCCAAGGACCGCUCACCCCGCCCCCGCCGUCCCCAGGCCAGGACCCGCUCCCCACCAGGGGCAGGACACCUCCCCGGGGCCGCUCCCCCGUGCGUGCCCGCAGCCCCUACAAGAACCGGUCCCCGCCACCCCGGGCACGCUCUCCUCCCAAGGCUAAGUCCCCGGGGCGCGGCCGCUCCCCCCACCGUGCUGCCUCCCCCAUGCACGGCUGUUCACCACCGUGGGGAGCCAGUCCUCCUGGGGGGCGGGGCCGAGUCUCCCCGAAGCUGCGGUCGCCUCGCCGCACCCAUGAUUUUCGCUCCCGCAGCUGGUCCCCCCCAGCACCGCAGGAAGGCCGGCGGCGGCAGCCCCGAGGCGCGGCGCAGCAGGCGGGGCGGCAAGCUGGCCAUGACCCCCGCCCCGUCAGGCCAAGGGGGCCAGGGAGUGCCGCUCUCCUCUGCCCCGCCGCUACCAACAGCCCCACCUCUCCUUCACAGCCCCAGCCCCCUGCGCCGCUCCCCCUCCCGCAGCCCAGCCCGCCCCUACCACCACGGCCCACACACCCCAGAGCGCCCCCCCCGAUGGUGGCCUCUUCCCUGCUUCACCGCCAGAUGGCUACUCAGGGCGUGGCGGCCGCCACACUCCCGAGGGCUCCCCACCCACAGACCACCACCAGUACCACAGCCCCGUGGGGCAGUACCGCAGCUGCAUCAGUCCUCCCUUCUCCCGCAGCCCCCCGUGGAGCCCCGGUGGGGGGCGCCGCGCCAGCCCCAUGGGGUGGCGCAGUCCAUGCUACCAACACCAGCACCACCACCACUACACUCCCCCCGCCCCAUGACCGCUGGAGCCCCCAGCGCUCCCCACGCUGUGCUACCCGCUCCCCGGGGCGCCGCUCACCACCCCCAGGCCACCGUGCCUCCCCGGGGCGGGGCCGCUCACCCCCUGAGCCGCUCCCCACGCCACUCCCCGCGCCGGUGCCCGGGGCUGAGGUCCCCCCGCCGCUCCCCUUCCCCAUGGGGUGA